AUGCCCAAUUUAUGUCAAUUGACAGUUGAGACGUGGCGUUUUAGCGACUUAAAUGGACAUCGAUGGGAGCAGAUUAUUACUGACUAUUUGCCAAAGCUCAAAACCUUUCAUUUGAAAAUGCAGAUUGCACUCAAUCAUGAUGAGGGUAUCCAAGAAAAAGUCAAUGAAUUGAUAGAUUCGUUUCAAACUUCAUUCUGGCUUAUUGAACAUCAAUGGUUUAUACGAUGUCAUUGGAUUCCACGUAAUCGAUGUAGUAUGAUUAAUAUUUACACAUUACCCUAUUCAUUUCCUUACUUUGCUACUUUUGCCAAAGUUAUAUCAAACUCGACUUGUCCUCGCGAAAGCGAUUAUUGGUCUUACAAUCAUGUACACACUGUUUCUCAUUGUAAUGCUCCUAUAAUUGGAUCAUCGACUUUGUCUCAAAUGCAUUUUCCCAAUGUUAAACAUCUUUCUGUCACACUUCGUUCGAAUGAUCAAUUUUGGUCUACUAUUUCAACAUUCGAUCAAUUGAUCUCACUUGAUAUAUCGCUAACUAAUAAUGACAAUAAUGUUCGAUCUCAACUACAAACAAUUCUUGAUCGAGCAUCUUGCCUCUAUUCGUUAAAAAUCAAAUCUUGGUUUGAUUUCGAAGUACCUCUUGUCAAUCAUACGAGUUCAUCUGUUCGUCGACUUGAUUUGCAAGGAUGCUUUCGAUAUCAAACUGAACAGUGGUUCAAUAGUGAAGAAUGUGCUAAACUGUGUCAUUCACCAUUGGGAAUUCAAUGUGAAGUCCUUCUAAUUCGAGUUGAACAUCGAACGAUAAUUAUCGAUAUUCUCAAUCUAUUGACUCAUCUUCGAGCGUUAAAUAUCAAAUGUCGAGAUGAUAAUUACAAUAAAUCUGAUGAGCAAUUAUUAUCGACAGAAGAACUUCUCCAAUGGUUAAUCGAUCGUCUUCCAUCAACAUGGAAAAUUGGAAGAGUUCCACACUCACUCGACUGUAUUCAAAUGUGGAUUAACUGA